GGUGGUCCAGGGGUCGGGGAAUCAGUCUUUUGAACUAUGAACUGACAUGGAUUUCUGAUAAGAUGGAGGGGUAAAAUGGGGUGUGUGAGUAUGUGUGUUUUGGAGGUUGAAAUGAGAGCAUUUGGAUGUUGGUUUUUGGUUAUUAUUCCAGAGCCAGAAGGGGUAGAUGGUUAGAGGGAAGCAGAAAUACUAUUUGGAUUUACGUCUCGCUUGGGCUCUGCAUGUGAAAUUGAAAAUAAAGAUAUAUGUCAUACCAUCUAUAUCUUUAGUAAAAUGUAUAUUAACAUGUUUGGAUAUUUUCUCUGGAUUCUUAUACUUGAAAAUGAACUUUCUUUUUUUCCCAGUGGCUUUCUAAAAACGUCAAUAAGAAGACCGAGAAAUCUGCUCUGGCAAAUGAAGCUGUUUUUGUAGAUAGGGGCUCUUCAGGAUUCACAACCAAUUCAAAUCAAUCUACAAAAGUUGUUUAUCCAGAUACUUCGAGAAUGGUUAUUUACGAUCCAAGGCAGAAGGCUGAACGCCUGACAUCAAUUGACUGGAGGUAUUGGGUUUUUUUAGGCCUGUCUGCACCUGGACUUCCAGCUGUUUCAAGCACGUUGACUGCUUCAAGUGUUGUGUUAACUGGUGGUGGAACACCGAAUGCUCCCAAUGAAUUUUUGAAAGCAACACCGCCUGCUUUGUUAGCAUUUAUAGCAAAUUUGCCUACUGUAGAGGGUCCAGCACCAGACAUUGAUUUUGUAUUAUCAAUAUGCCUGCAAAGCAACAUACCAACAGGGCAAACUGGAAAAUCAGUGAAUCCCUCAACACAAUUACAGAUUGGUCCUGCCCCAAGUGCAAGUGACCUUUCUGGUUCAAGCAAACCUCAUCCUGUUCCAAGUGGUUCAUCUUUCAAAACAACAAGAGACAGGAAAAGAAGAGAUGCAGACAGUUAAAUUGGCUUCCCUUGAGAAGUUGUCUCUGAAUGCAAAAUGGAUACUUUGAUAGAGAUAUGGCGACAACAAACUUCAAGAACUAAAAGAGAUGAGAGUUCAAUGUUCUGCACCCUUAUUUUUGUGCUUUUACAGGUUCUUAACAUGAAAUUCUGUUUGUUUUUAAUGGAACAAGUGAUAUUUGAAAAAUUGAUGUCCUAAUUUUUUUGUGGACCGAAAGCUGGUGGUUCUCCAUGAAAACAAUAUCGGUUAUUGUGUAA